CAUGGGGGUCAGACAUCCUUUGGAUAGGGUAUAAGAUGUCUAGUACCCCUUUAAGUCGAAACUGAGGGUGAGUUCCCACACUUUUUUCUCAGGACUUGACCCCUGGUAAUAAGUAUAAGAUUUGUAAUUCCUACGACGUAUAAAAGCUGGUGAGGUCCUGUAAGUUGGUUUUUGUGAGGGGUUGUAGAGACGCCGGAGCUCUCAUAGAGGGCACAUUGUGGGCACAGACGUCUCCUGUUGGCAGUGGGCAGUAGUAGAGAACACAUCUCCUCUGCACCCCUUAGGGUCACAAGAAUUCUUCUUGUAGGUAGUUUUGAUAAUAACUUUAUAUUAGGGGUUAUUUGUGAUAUUUCCAUAUAUAAUACAGAUUUGCUGUAUGGAUAAUUGUAAUACUUCUAAUACAUCAGCAACCAAGGACGUGACAUCAUCAGGUAUAGAAUGUGAUGACAUCACAGAUGGUGGUCGGUUAUACCACUGCAGGAUACAGGCAAACCCUUCACUUUCUGUUAGUUCAGAUUGAAAGCGCUCAGUUUUCCUGAGAGUGAAAUAUAUUUCUUCUUCAAAUAUGACGAGCCCAACCCUGGCUAUCCUGCCAUUGUUUUGGGCAAUAUGGACCUUCGUGGGUGUCCUUACCACCUUCACCAUGACCAUCGCACAAGGCCAUUACCAAACAGGGAUCAUCAGCAUCAGUGACACUGGAGCACAAUACCCAGAAUCCAUCGUGCUGACUGUGGUUUCCACCGUGUCUUCUCUGCUAGAGGCCGGGAUUUUGUUUAUAAUCUACAAAUCCAUGGAGAUCAAGGCCCUGAAGAAAAUCCUUUGUGGAGUCACCUGCCAAACGUGGAUGUUGGUAUUCGGAUGGAUGACGUGUGUUGGCAACAUCAUUACCCCAUUGAUACAGGAUUCAGCAAUGCUUAAUGAUAGCUGCCUGGCAGUUUUAUCUAGUAUGAUCAUCUACGGAGGCAUAUCAUUGGCAUCUCAGCUGUACCCAGGCUCCAGGGACCGUAGAUGUAGACGCCUUACCACCACGGUGCUGUCAGUUACCAUCUUGCUGGCUAACAUUAUCCGGUUAUCCUGUAAAAUGACAGCAAUGUACACCUGCACCAGCGAGUAUUGCACACAGUCUUCCAGAAUAACGCUGACCAUCUUGGAGUGGGUUGUAUUGGUCUGCUCAUUUAUCAGCCAAAUCAUGCUGUAUUGGGACUUCAAGGUUCUUACUAUGACAACAUCCAAGAGCGACAUGAUCGAAGCCGAGAGCGUCCUGGCAGUUGAUCCAUUGAAAGUGCCUCUUCUAGAUCGAGCACUUGAGGAUCAACUAGAUGACAUGACGCCAGAGGAAACAUCAUCAUGUGACCAUGUUAUCUUAGACCUAUUUUCAGCGGAGGAUAUAGCAACAUCAGACUAGGAGCCAUAGGUCCCAUCUCCACCCCAACCCCCCCCCCCCCCCCCCCAAAAAAAAAUGGAUAGAUAUAUCUAUCUAUCUAUCUAUCUCAUAUCUAUCUAUCUCAUAUCUAUCUAUUGUGAGAAGGUGAAAGGCAUUGUGGUUGAUGGUCGGUAUGUGUCACCAAGGUUCCUGGCCUUGGUGAAGUAAGAGCCGGUAUUUAUUCAGUGUCUGUGCUGCAAUGCAGACUGACACUGUGGCUGUAGUAUGGCUGGAAGGCCUAUCUGGGACCGCUUUUACUGGGAAUGGCCAAGUGUAGGGUGGGGGCCAUUCCCCACAAUCCAGGCCGCCUUUUGGUGGCCUUAAAGGCAACCUGCUUCACCAGCUGAGGGGGAUUUGCUAAUUGGAGCUCACACUGCCAGAGAGAGCUGAGAGUGGAGUCCUUCCCUAAGAGGUUGGAAGAUGGUCAGCAGCCUGCCUGGAGGCCUGGAAAAGACUUGUUUGAUGCUGUAUGGCAUGGACUCUUGUGUGAACAAACACCUAUAGAAUACAGGUGGACUUUUGUUACGUUUGCAUUUGUUCUGCAUUUAAAGACUGUUUGUCAAGUGUGAAUAAAACACUGAACUUUGAUUUGAAAAGUCCUGUUUCCUUGCCUCUAUACUGCAACCAGACCUAUCUGCAAGAGCGAGUCAUCACAUUUGGUGAAUGACACGGGCAACGCAGUAAGGUCAGCGAUUGAGUUGCAGCACGCUGUUUGCGAAGAACGGAGCCUGGGAUAACUUGUUGGAGUGGUUGCUAGGGGCAACGAUCCUGCCGACAAGUGACUGACAGUACAGCGGGAGUGUUUUCUCCAAAGAGUCAAGGCAAAGCAGUGUCGCCAAAAUGAAGGUGGUUAUAAAAGCAUUUCGGAGGCUUGUGUUAGAGUUAGCCAACCAACAUGUUCUAGGAGGCACCUGGGCCAGCAGAAGAUGCAGGACCAAAUUUUGCAGCGUUUUUACUGGCCCAACGUGUAUAAGAAGGUUGAAAGGUAUUGUGAAUCCUUUCCAACAUGCCAAAUAACUUGCGCCCAGCCACAUUACCGUAGUCCCCUGGUCCCCCUCCCGAUU